AUGCCGGAAUUCCAGAGAAGCUCUGUGCGCAUCAAGGACCCUGUGCGGGUGGAGGAGACCAUCUGUGGCCUGAUCAAGGGCGGGGCCGCCAAGCUUCAGAUAAUAACAGACUUCGAUAUGACACUUAGUAGAUUCUCCUACAAAGGGAAAAGAUGCCCGACCUGUCAUAAUGUCAUUGACAACUGUAAGCUGGUUACAGAUGAAUGUCGGAAAAAGUUACUACAACUAAAGGAAAAAUAUUAUGCUAUUGAGGUUGACCCUGCUCUUACUGUGGAAGAGAAGUACCCUUACAUGGUAGAAUGGUACACUAAAUCACAUGGACUGCUCGUUGAACAAGCGUUACCAAAAGCUAAACUUAAAGAAAUUGUGGCGGAGUCUGAUGUUAUGCUCAAGGAAGGGUACGAGAACUUCUUCGACAAGCUCCAGCAGCACAGCAUCCCUGUGUUCAUAUUCUCGGCUGGCAUCGGGGACGUUCUAGAGGAGGUCAUCCGUCAGGCUGGCGUUUACCACCCGAAUGUCAAAGUCGUGUCCAACUUCAUGGACUUCGAUGAAAAUGGGGUACUCAAAGGAUUUAAAGGAGAACUGAUUCAUGUAUUUAACAAGCAUGAUGGUGCCUUGAAGAAUACAGAAUAUUUUAAUCAACUAAAAGACAACAGCAACAUAAUUCUGUUGGGAGACUCCCAAGGAGACUUAAGAAUGGCAGAUGGAGUAGCCAAUGUUGAACACAUUCUGAAAAUUGGAUAUCUAAAUGAUAGAGUGGACGAGCUUUUAGAAAAGUACAUGGACACUUAUGAUAUUGUUUUAGUGAAAGAUGAAUCGCUGGAUGUGGCCAACUCUAUUUUACAGAAGGUUCUGUGAACAAGCAUUCUUCAGGAGGACUGCUUUCUGCCCGGUACAGUUGAUGCAGGAACUGCUCAUCCGGUCACCUUGUUGAAAGACCGAUUUAUAAUACAUUGUUGCUCUUGAAGUUUUCUCCUUGCAUAACAAGUAUUUUCAGACAUGUUGAGUCCAUUGACUGGAAGCUAUUUUUUCUUCUCUCAGCACACUCCUCACCAUAUUUUUUAACAGAUAAAAAAAAUCUUAAAGCCAAAAUUGGAAAAAAUAACUCCCUGCUUUUCCAAAUUGAAUUUUGCAGUAGAAUUAUUAUCAUGCAGUUUUGAGGAGUCUUUUUACACUGGGCACGUUGUAGACGUUUCAAAAGAAGUUUUAUGAGAUGAAGUAACGUGCGUGGUUCUAAGUAUUGCCGUUUUGUAAUCUGGGUGAAUUAUGCUGAAGGUGCCGCCUCCUGAAACCGUUCUGUGUGGCUGCUGGGCCUGAGGGAGCCCACUAUUCACCAGCAGAGGCUGGCCCUGGUGUCUGAAGAGCUGUCGGUGUCCACAUACCGCUGAUCGCUACAGAACGUCCAUUCUGAAGCACUGAAUAAACCUGGGAUGAAAAGCCUUUUUAA